AUGUUGAGAUUGGCGCCAUUGACAUUCAAGAGAUCAAUGAUUACUGCACAAGCUGUUGUUUACCAAAACCACGGUCCACCAAAGGACGUCUUGUUCACUCAAAAGUUUACCAUUGACGAUGACAAUUUAUCGGCAGACCAAAUUGUUGUGAAAACCAUUGCCUCACCAGUAAACCCUUCUGAUAUCAACCAAAUCCAAGGUGUUUAUCCAUCAAAACCAGAAAAAACUUUGCAAUUCGGCACAAAAGAACCAGCUGCUCCAUGUGGUAACGAAGGUUUAUUUGAAGUUUUAAAAGUAGGCUCCAAUGUCAAGAAUUUCCAACCUGGUGACUGGGUCAUUCCAGCCCAGGUCAACUUCGGUACAUGGAGAACCCACGCCUUAGCUACUGAAGACGAUUUCAUCAAGUUGAAAAAGGGAUUAACCGUUAACCAAGGUGCAACAAUUUCAGUUAACCCACCAACUGCAUACCUCAUGUUGACCCACUAUGUCAAGCUCACUCCCGCUAAAGAUUGGUACGUUCAGAAUGGAGGUACCUCAGCAGUGGGUAGAUAUGCUUCACAGAUUGGUAAGCUUUUGGGAUUCAACUCAAUCUCUGUUGUUAGAGACCAACACGAGUCAACAAGCACAAUUGGCGAGUUGGAAGAGUUGGGUGCUACAAAAGUUAUUACAGAGAAGCAAAACCUGGACAGAGAAGUAAGUGCACAACUUAAACAACAAGUGAAGGAUACUCAAGGUCAAGUCAAGCUUGCACUCAAUUGUGUUGGUGGUGCAUCGUCUCAAGGCAUUGCUAGAAAACUUGAUAGAGACGGAUUGAUGUUGACUUAUGGUGGAAUGUCAAUGAAACCAGUGACCAUCCCAACAUCCCUCUUUAUCUUCAAAAACAUCACUACCGCAGGUUUCUGGGUCACUGAGUUGUUGAAAAACGACCCUGAAUUGAAAGUGAAAGUAUUGGACCAAAUUCAGGAUUGGUACGUUGAUGGUAAAUUGAAAGAUUACCCAAGCAAGGUUUUGAAUGUUGGACAAGAUAAAUUGGAAGACUUGCACAAGACAUACCUCGAAGGUACUGAAGGAAGUGGCGGUAAAUAUUUGGUCGAAUACAAAUAA